AUGUUAUCCUCCAUUGGCAGCCCCCAGGAGUAUGUUGUUGAGUUAUUCAUGAUAUUGGAUGCAUGGAUACUUCCAGUUAUUCAGCAAAUGUGUGAAUAUGUUAUGUGCGAGUAUAUUUUAGAGCUUUUGAACACAUCUCAUACUAUGGGACAAACGUCAAUGUCAUCUCAGUUUUUUACGCACACUAUUGUGAUCCUCAUGUUCAUCUUCCGUCUCACCCGCUCCGUCCACUUGCUCCAAUCCAUUCAAGCUUCCCUUUACGAUGUUGGCUACCUUUCGGAAUCUGUCCAACAGGCUGUCUUCGCGGAUGGUCGUGUCAUUGCCGGAGUCCAGGGAGAGACGGGAGGCGGUUCGGUCAACGCCAUCUAA